AUGAGGUAUAGAAUUGCUCUAGGCUUGGCCUCUUCGCUUCUGUACCUACAUGAAGAAUGGGAGCAGUGUGUGGUACACAGGGACAUCAAGUCCAGUAAUGUGAUGCUAGACUCAGAUUUUAAUGCUAAGCUUGGAGAUUUUGGGCUAGCCAGGCUUGUUGAUCAUGGUAAAGGGUCACAAACCACUGUUUUAGCAGGGACCAUGGGCUACAUAGCUCCUGAAUGUUUCAUGACAGGCAAGGCUAGUAAGGAAUCUGACGUGUACAGUUUUGGAAUUGUUGCAUUGGAAAUUUGCUGUGGAAGAAGAGCCGUGGAAACAAAGGCCGAAGAAAAUCAGAUCAGAUUGGUGGAGUGGGUUUGGGACCUCUAUGGCGUAGGAAAACUUCUUGAAGCAGCUGAUCCAAGACUGUCUGCAGAUUAUGAUGAUCAACAAAUGGAACGAUUGAUGAUUGUUGGUCUUUGGUGUGCUCACCCGGAUUGCAAUGCUCGUCCUUCAAUGAGGGAAGUAAUGAGUGUCCUUAAUUCUGAAGCUUUAUUGCCUCUUCUUCCUAUAAAAAUGCCUGUGCCAAUGUAUUACGCUCCUCCGGCGUUGCAGACAUCCUAUAGCACUAGCCUUUCUGAGAGAAACCACACCCAGUUUUCCAACUCCUCUAAUGGCACCACGGACUCAUCAAAGGUCUCAGAAUCUUCUUCAACCUUGUCUCAAUCCACAUCCCUAUUGCACACACGCUAA